AUGGCGGACGCCCUUGCCUCGACGCUCGACGGCCUGACGCUCGACGGCGCGAGGCACAGGUACUCGAAGAUCUACGACCGCGUCCCGAUCGAAAGCGUGCUCGCGACGGCGGAAAAAGACGCGAUCGGACGGACGAUCGUCGUCGGUGGCUGGGUGAAGACGGGACGCGAGGCGGAGCGAGGCGCGCUGCUGUUUCUCGCGGUGAACGACGGGAGCGGACCGGGAAACCUGCAGGUGGUGGUGAAAUCCGAGACGUACGCCGAGCUGGGGGAGCUGAAGACGACGGGGACGAGCGUGGUGAUCGAGGGCGAGCUGCGGGCGCCGCCGGAGAGCGCGAAGGGGCAGGCGAUCGAGAUGCACGCGACGAGGGUGCUGAUGGUCGGAAAGUGCGACGGCGCGACGUAUCCGAUCGCGAAGAAGAAGCAGACGCUGGAGUUCCUGCGGGAGAAGAUUCAUCUGCGACCGAGGACGAACACGAUCGCGAGCGUGGCGCGGGUGCGGAGCGCGCUCGCGUACGCGACGCAUACGUUUUUUAACCAAAAUGGGUUCUUGUACGUGCACACGCCGUGCGUGACGCAGAGCGAUUGCGAGGGAGCGGGAGAGAUGUUUCAAGUGACGACGUUGCUGAGCGAGGCGGAGAAGCCGGAGGCGUUAGAGGCGACGGUGAAGCCGGAGGAGAUUGAGGCAAAGCGCGCCGAGGUUUCCGCGUGCGGCGGAGAGAUCAAGUCGAUGAAGGAGAGUGGGGCGGAUUCCAAGGAGGUGAAGAAGGCGGUGAAGACGUUAGAUAAACUCAAGCAAGAGCUGUCGCAGAUGGAAUCGGCGGCGCGCAAGAUUGGCGGGAUUCAACGCGCCGAAGACGGUUCCAUCGAUUACUCCCGCGAUUUCUUUGGCGGCAAGUCGUACUUGACCGUUUCCGGGCAGUUACAGGUGGAAACGUACGCGUGUGCGCUCUCUAACGUGUACACUUUCGGUCCGACGUUCCGUGCGGAGAACUCGAACACCACCAGACACUUGGCUGAGUUCUGGAUGAUUGAACCCGAGCUCGCGUUUGCCGACUUGAACGACGACAUGCAGUGCGCGGAGGAUUACGUCAGGUUCUGCUGCAACUACCUCCUCGAGAACUGCUACGGCGACUUGGAAUUCUUUGCCAAGAUGUACGACAGCACGUGCAUCGAUCGCGUGAAGGAAAUUGCGACAACGCCGUUUGGUCGCGUCUCGUACACCGAAGCCAUCGAUCUCUUGGAAAAAGCCGUCGCCGACGGCAAGGAGUUCGUCUACCCAGUCUCUUGGGGUAUCGACUUGGCCACCGAACACGAGCGCUGGCUCGCCGAGGAACACUUCAAGAAACCCGUGAUCGUUUACAACUACCCGAAGGACAUCAAGGCUUUCUACAUGCGCUUGAACGACGACAACAAAACCGUCGCCGCGAUGGACGUCUUGGUGCCAAAGGUUGGCGAACUCAUCGGCGGUAGUCAACGCGAGGAGCGAUUGGACGUGUUGGAACGCCGAAUGGUGGAAUGUGACCUCGUGCCGGAAGAAUAUUCUUGGUACUUGGACCUGCGUCGUUACGGCACCGUCACCCACGCCGGUUUCGGCCUCGGCUUUGAACGCCUGAUUCUUUUGUGCACCGGGAUGGAGAAUAUUCGCGACGUCAUUCCGUACCCGCGCUGGCCGAACAACUGCAUUAGUUGA